AUGGUCUCAAGUCAACCCAACAACUACUUUCCAAAUUUCCCUCCUCCAACACCUUCCCACCCUUUCAAUCCUCCACCACCACCUUCACAUUUUUUCAACCCUCCACCACCGCCACCUCAUUCAUUUUCUUCUCCUCCUCCUCCUCCACCAUUCCGAUCACCACCGCCUCCGCCGCCGUCACCUAGUCCUCCUUUUUCUCCUCCACCCCCUAAGGUGCGGCCACCACCGCCGCCACGCCGUCCGAUUCGUCCUCCACUGCCGCCACCACGCCCUAUUCGUCCUCCACCCCUUCCUCCUGCCCCAGUUCCACCUUCACCCUCUCCGAACAACCCCACAAUCAUAAUAGUCGUGGUUGUCUCACUUGGUGGCCUCGUGUUGCUCUCAAUGCUUGCUUUUGCCCUAUUCUGCUGCUUUCAAAGGAGGAAGAAGAAGAAGACGCAAGAAACCGAGGUAAUUCACUUUGACGAGCACAAAAAGAUAACUGAAACCACCGUGCCUGGUCCUUUUGGACGCAAUACAGUAGUGGUAACAGUUGAAGAUGAUGUGCAUAUCGAUGAAGAAAUCAAGAAGAAUGAGAAAGUUGGUCAUGGUUUGCAUGCAAAAUCAUCUUCACCUGAAGCAGAUCAAGGUACUUCUAGCAGCAUUGUUGAGGUUGCAACUACUACUCCUCUUGCACUUCAACACCAUGAAGAUCAUCAUCACCAGCCUCAAAACAAGCCCUGA